AUUUUGUCUUUAAUUUUGUCUUAUUCUGCCUUCUCAAUAUCACGUUUAAGUCGAUUACUAAUAUCAAUUAAAGUAAAUUCAUAUUUAUUAAUUAAUAUUUAUAUAUUACAUGUAUAAACUAUUUUAUAAACAAUUUGGUGUAAGUACCCUGAACGUUGCGCCAAAAAGAAGUUUAGUCUAGGAAAUAUUUGAUCCCUUUAUUUGGCAAAUAUGAUAUAAGACAAAUAUUUUAAUUUUUCUCUUACCAUAAGAUACAUACAUAUGCCAAUCUUAUGUACAUUUAUACGUUCCUCGAUUCAUGCGAACGUUGUUAACUUCUUCAAGGUGAUUUAUAAGAGUUAAAAAUAAGUGCAUAAUUCGAAAAAUGUCAGCGAUGGAUGAUAUUCUUGAAAGUUGGGAAGAAAUUGAAGAAUCAGAGGUACUUGAUAAAAAAUUAGAUGCCCUUCAGUUGAAUGCAGUAGAAGCAUUAGAAGAAAUAGAAUCUUCUAGCUUCAAAACCAGUCACAAUACGAGUACCAGGAUGAUAAUGUUAGGGGAAGAUGGUAUGCGAUCUCAAUAUGUACCUCCAAAGCCAACAGUAAAAAUAUUGAAAAGACCUACAAGAGAUUCACAAGGUAGUGGUGACGGACCAUUAGUGAAUGGGGAUAAACCAAAACAACCUAUUAAAUCUUUAAAACAGAGGGAACAAGAGUACGCUGAAGCAAGAAAAAGAAUUUUAGGCGAAGAGAAAAGUCCAGAAGAAAAAUUAAUGCAAGAAAUAAAUAAAAUUCAACCAAAACCAACAACUGCAAGUAGCAGUGGGCUACCAAAUAAUGUUCUUCGUAUGCCUAUUGGACCAGAUGGAACACGGGGAUUUAAUGUACGCAGGUAGCGCGUCUUCCAGGGUUCAGUUCUUUCCACCCAUCCUUUUCCUCCUCUUCCUUCACCUUAACAUAGGGAAGAGAGGCAGCUAUGAGGCUGAUGGCAGAAAACAAACUAAUCUUUCUGACCAAAUAUGAGCACAAUGCUCUUACAAUUUUGAAUGGAGCAUAAUAAGAACUGUGCUGCAGGACACUGCUAUAGACAGAUUAUAUACAUAAAAAGACCAAGGCUAUAAAUUGGCGAAGUUAAGUCAUUAUAGAACUGAUAAUAUUUUUUCCUGGUAUAAUAUUACCAGUUUUGUUAAUAUCUACCAUAUUUAACAAAAACAUUUAAUUGAAUUAAUUGAAAUCUAUAACUGUCAUUCUAAAAACAUUAAAAUGGAAUAUCUAGUUGCGAUAUGAUAUAAAAUAAAUUAUUUUGCUUUUUACAAUUGUACAUGCUUUUCAAAAUAUUGAAACUAAUUGUAUAAUAAAAGAUUUCUCUUUAUAUCUCUAUUCGUUACACUUGACUAGUUAUUUGUUUUCUAAUUAUAU